GAAAACAUUAUGUGAUCCUUUAAUCCGGAAAAGCACACGUCUCGUUCAGCAAAUACAUGUUCAUCAUGGCGCUGCUCAUGCAGUUACAGAAGGUGUCAGGUCAGUUGUUUAGCAAAUUUGCACCUCAGAAAUCGUGUGUUCGCUAUAAAUUCACGAACAAAGUUGCAAUUAGACGAAACAGAAGGAGGAAAAAUGACAUGUCUUGGGCCAUGGAAUUAUUAAAUUAUCAGAAGAAUGUGCUUACGAAGCAGCCCGAGCCCGAGCCACUUCACCUAGUCACCAAAAUCAAACCUGUGUAUGGAAGAUCAGCUCAGGAACGCAAGGUUUUAAUGGCUCUGGGAUUUACAUCAAAGCCAGAUGCCAAGAACGCGCCAAAGUAUGUGAUUGUGAAGAACACCCCUGAUGUAAACAGUCAGUUAAUGGCCAUCAAACAUCUGGUGAGAAUCACUCCCAUCACAUUUCCUUAUGGAGUUCCUCAGGGUGAGGAGGAUUUUGAGCAUUGUCACCUUAAUGACAAUGGCCAGUUCCUGGUAGUGCGUGACGUCACACCUAAGAAUGAGCGGGAGCUGUUACCGGUGGCGCCGAAAACAGAGUCCGUGUGGGAAAUGGACGUCCAGACGAUACAGAAACAUACAGAACAGAUCAAAAGAGACUGGAGUCUGAACGAAGAGUUCUUCACAGCCGAUCCUGUGUACAAAUUAAAUCAAGACGGUAAAGAAUAUCGGUAUUUUGGUGACAAAUCAGGUGCUGGUAUUAAACAUUACAAUGAACUUAUUGACUACAGGGACGGCUCAAAGAAAAAGUCAUAACUAGCCUUACAUUGAAUGUUUAUAUUGUGUGUAAAUUAAAAAAUAAAUAUAUAUGAUAUUAAA